AUGUCCGAUUCUGUUGGGGCCAUGUUUUAUCGCAUUACCUUGGACGGUGUUCCUGAAGGCGACCAUGUUGGAAAUCUCGUUCCAGCGAUGCUCGCACUCCCAGCCGUUGCCGCAGGUGCCGUCGCUGUUGAUGGUGACGUCCUUGAUACUUCCGUCGCCGUUGGCUGGGGGGCCAGCGUCGUUGUUGGAGAAGGUGAGGACAUCACCGCCACCGCCGUGACCUCGCUGGUUGUCAUGGUUAUCAAUGAAAGCCAGAGCAUCACUGCUGGGCAGCAGACCCCAUUGAGGUCCUGGAGGCGAGAAUAUUGGGCAUUUUAUUUUUUUGCAGUGAAAGAUCAAAUGGAUUUGGAACGUCUUGCACUUGGAACAGAGUGGAAUUGGGAAGAUCGGGCCGAGCCCACCCACCUGCACGCCGGCGUAACCACGAGGGCCCAGGAAGCGCUCGCACUCGGCGGCAAUGUCAGAGAACUUCCACUCGAAGAGGUGCACGAUGGUGUUGCGUCCGUCCACCCAGUGGGGGUCCUUCUGGGCGACGGCGACGGCCGCCAGGGCGGGCAGCAGCAGCAGGAGGGCGCGCAUGACGGCGGAGGGAGAGCGAGAGAGAGGGGGUUGCGCGCAGUUCCGCCCUCGUCUGGCUGA